AUGGACCAACUUAAUUCAACUGUGGUCACCUCUAAUGUCUCUUCUCCAAUAUAUCCUCCUUUGACCACCAGUGUUUUGUUCCGUUUGGUCAUUUUUUCCCUCUGCCUUCUUGUGGGAGUUCCUAGAAACAUUGCUGUGAUCAUUCUCAAGCCAAACUGGAAUAAUCUGUCCCAUCUGACCCGGAGUUUAAUGCUGAAUCUGACUGUGUCUGACCUGCUCUGUCUGCUGACCAUUCCAUUUUGGAUUUACACUUCUUUUUUUGGUUGGACUUUUAGCCCGACGGCCUGUAAGCUACUGGUGUAUUUUCAAUACUGCACCAUUUCUGCCAGCCUGCUGACUGUGACUGUGUUGAGCAUCCAGCGAUAUUUUGUCAUUGUGCUCCAGAGAAGAUGCCAUCAGUUACUAGAUAAAGUGUUGCUGGUUCUGCUCUGGUUGGCUGCUGUGAUCCUGUCCACUCCUGCUUUGGUGGUUCACCAGCUGAACACAGAUAUGCCAUGGACAGAAUGCAUCACUUAUCCAUCUGAAGCACAGCAGAUGGCUAUCGGUUUGACAAAGGUUCUUGUUGGAUUUGCUUCUGUGUCAUUAGUGGUACUUAUUUACAUUCGCCUUCUCUGGAAACUUAACCAGGCAGUCUUUUUUAACAAUUCGCAAACAACCAGGCUGGUAACAUGUGUCACUGUGACGUUUUUUAUCUUGUGGCUUCCAUAUCAUAUUAUAAAUGUGCUGACUGUGAUUGCUGUAUCUCUGAAAAAUGAGAAUCUGAUACAUGUUUGCAGAGAUGCAAGGCACUUUGUGGCAUCUGUGUUAUUUAUAAAUAGUUCCAUCAAUCCCCUCCUCUAUGCAUUUGCUUCUAAAAAAGUUUGCUCUGCUUGCCAGAAAGAAGACUCAUCGCACCAGGAUUACAGAAACCAAACAGUUCAUGUCAUUGCAAUCUCUGGACCUUGA